GUAUGUAUGUAUGUAUGUAUGUAUGUAUGUAUGUAUGUAUGUAUGUAUGUAUGUAUGUAUGUAUGUAUGUAUGUAUGUAUGUAUGUAUGUAUGUAUGAAUGUAUGUAUGUAUGUAUAUAUGUAGAUAUGUGUGUUUGUUUGGUGGUUGUGUAACAGCUCCGAUUUUGAAAAAAGACGUUUGUCGUUAUGACGGAUUAACGGAGUAUAAAAUAAUUGAUAGUAUUCAUGAUACUAUCAUGACGAUUUACAGAUAUAUAUAGAUAUAUAUAUGCACACAAUAUAAAUAACAAUAUGGUAUGAUAAUGUUACAAUAUAUAUCUGUUGAUAGAUGCAAGUACCGUAUUGUUUUGUAACGUAAAUAAAUAUUCAUCAUCAACAAUAAGUCGUUAUACUGAUUGAUUGAUUGGACGUCAUCAGUUCUUAAGGGUAAAGACCAUUUCCUCCACAUAGAAACUAAUAGAUUAAUUAACGAGAAUAUAAUACUAUUGCAAAAAGUGGAAAAUCUAGAGAAAGAAAAUAAAGAGCUAUCCGAACGAGUCGCAACCAGCUGCAAACAGGCUAGCAUAAUCAAUAUAACGGAAAUGGACAACAACCACAACAAAAACAACAACAAUAACAACAACAGCAACAACAAUAACAACAAAAGUAACAACAACCUGGAUUUAGCCAACACCACUCAUCAAACGGACAUUCUAAAUGACGUCAUCAAGGAGUUUGAACUCACAAGUCCUGGCAGUUUUGUCUGCCAAAAUUGUCGAAACAGAAGUCCCCAAGAACUAGCAAAAUUGGUCGAGCAAGCCAACAGGCAUUCAAAUAACAGGGGUGUCAUGUUAGUCAUAAAUGAACAUCAGCUUAAGGCUAGUAGCGGCAGUCUAGUGAAUGAUUCGAAAGUUGAUAACACCAAUAACAGCGACGACGACAAUAACAACAACAACAAUAGCAAUAACAAUAAUAAUAAUAACAAUAACAACAACGAAUUAUUUAAAAAGUUGCAAGAGGAAUUGGUUGCCUGUAAGCUGAGAGAGGCAGAGUCCAGUUUGGGCUUUAAAGAACUUCAACAGAAGGUCACUCAACUAAGCAAGCAAUGGCAGCAAUUCAUAAAAGAUUGCGAAAACCCGAGAAGUUCUGGCGAGAUAAAAAACCGGACUUUACUUGACCUGAAAGAAACGAUCAUGUCUUUAAAAGUUAAGGAAACUUGCAUGGUAUCUGAAUACAAUGAACUCAAGCAGAAAUUAAUUGAUCUCGAGACAGAGAACCACGUCUAUAAGCGACAAGAGAAGAAGUUAAAAGAAUGUAUAAACACUCUGGAGGAGAAGUUAUCGACAUCUUUGUUAAGGGAAGAUGACCUGAUUAACGAGAACAAGGAACUUUUGAGGAGAAUCGAUUCCAUCAGCACCCAGAACGAAGAGAGUGUCAUUAUGUACAAGAUAAAGUAUGCAGAGCAAUGCCAGAAGAUGGCUGACAUGAGAAGGAAAGUUGCCGAGUUGGAAAUUGAGAAUGAAGAACUGCUAACAGCCUACAAACUCAACCCGUCCGUUCAAGAUGGCCGUAACAAUUUCCACAACAACAACAACAAUCCUCAUAAAUGCCACUACAAACGCAACAACAACAACGACGACAACGAACCAACAACACCCACAUACGGUAGUGUAACCAGUCUAGAGGAGCAGCAGCAGAAUGUUAUCGACCUACUAUCGAAUUGCGAUAUGUCGGAUAUCAUGACCGAAUCUUUCUUCGCCGACGCCGUAUUCGCACCGGUCAGUUUACCGACCGGUUUACCGACGAAUCUGAAGACGAGAAAGAACCACAACGACGACAAUAAUAACGAUGGCGAUUCAUUUAUAUAGCGCGGAACAGCAAGCGUCUAUUCGUAAUAAUAACAAUAAUAAUAAUAACAACAACAAUAAUAAUAACAAUAAUAUUAAUAAAACAGACGUAACUUUUUCAAAUAAAUUUGUUGAUAAUCUCUUAGACGAAUAUUUCAGUCUAUCUAUACAUAGACUAUAAAUCUAUAAAUAUUGACAUUGACCAUAAUGAGCGAACGAAUGACUGACUAAAGAAAUGAAUAAUAUAUAUAUAUAUAUUAUUUAUAUAAACAAACAAAUAAUAUAAUUUUAUUAGACAAUAUAUAUAUAUAAUAUAUAUAUAUAUAUAUACAGUGCAUAAAACCGUUAUUUUAGUAAUAGAAUGGGGUUUGUAAUAGAAAAUAUGCACGCUGAUAUUCUGGAAGUUUAUAAUUAAUAAUAAUCGUUAUAAUUAUCAAUUAUUAUUAAUUACAAACUUCCAGAAUCGAUAAUUAUAACGAAUAUUGUUAAUAAAUUACAGUUGGUUAUCAUCA